CGUUACGAUCCGCCAUGUCGUCCACUCGUCUGGCCUCAGUUGCUUUCGCUGUAUUGAGUCUCGCUGGCUCUGUCUGUUCUCAAGACUCGGUGCCGAAUUCAUUCCCACACGACUAUCCAGGAAAGCCAAGCGGAGACUUUAGCCCAGAAUGGCAAGAUUACUUCCUCGUGAAGGAUCCUCUCCCAAACGUGACGUUCCCAUUAAGCCGCAACUGGGCAGGUAACAUCCCAGUGAACCGAACAAACCACCCGAACGACACUCUGUUCUUCUGGGGCUUUGAGAGCAAAAACGGUUCACUGACGGCUAGUGCUGACGAGAACUCUUCUGAACCAUGCGCUCUUUGGCUGAAUGGCGGGCCUGGUGCGUCGAGCAUGCUCGGUUUGUUGCUCGAGAACGGUCCGCUUCUUGUCACGGAAUCAGGGGACUUGGCUCCGAACAACGUGAGCUGGGAUAAAUUAGUGGAUUAUAUUUGGGUCGACCAGCCUGUUGGUACUGGAUUCUCGACCGCGGAAGCAAAUGGCGGGUACAUUGAGAAUGAAGACCAAAUGGGCGAGGACUUCCUCAACUUCUUAAGGAAUUUGGUCAAGGUAUUCCCAAGUCUUGCAACCCGUCCAUUGUUGCUCACGGGUGAAAGUUAUGCGGGAACGUACAUCCCAUAUAUAACGAAAACGAUAUUCUCCACACCAAAUCCUCCAGUAAAACUGUCAAAGAUCGCAAUAGGCAACGGAGCUAUGGGAGCUGAACCAGAAUACGAGGAACUGCCAAUGUUGUCCAUCAUAGAGACCUAUCCUCAACUGAUUGGCUAUGACUCGGAGGUUUACGAAUACUUCAAAGAACAAACCCAUCUCUGCGGGUGGGACUUGAACCUCACUUACCCUCAGACGGGUAAAUUCCCGCCCAUCGGACCUCCAAUCCUGCCAGCAGACGGAGGUCGCGCUGCUGAACUGGCAAGUCGCAAGCCGGGGCUUAUUCGAAAGAAUCUCCUUGCGGUCGCUCGUGGAGUUGAAAGCCCUGAGACAGGGCUUGUGAAACGCAGGACUGCACCAACGCCUGAAGAGAUCGAAGCGAGGGAGGAGCGAAAGCGAGCUUGGAUAAAGGAAAAGAGGGACCUGAUGAGGAAGAGGGACCUGACAGGACGUGCAAAUGGGACAAUCGACCCGUUCUAUGGGUGCUUCUUGGCUGAAGAAACUCAAGAUUAUGCGUUGAACUUUUCAAUGCCCUGGAAUUUGUCGAAAGAGAUUGUUAUUCCGACUUUAGACGACUUCGGUCCGUACAACCCAUACAACGUUCCGGAUGCCCGUGCACCGCCACUCGGGCUUGACCCAUCGACCUUCUUGAAUGAUGACCGAACCCGUACGGCCUUGCAUGCCCCGACUAGCAAGAACUGGACGCUCCAGAUUAACUAUCCUUUUAACUCCUCCUUUGAGCCCGGACCCGGUGCUAACGUCUUUGGUGACCCAAGUGUUGAGCCCGUUGCUUUCUUUGAUGAAUUGGCUACCAAUGCGUCCGAACAUGGUGUAUCCGUGGUCAUCUACCUGGGCAAUGAUGACACUGUUGUACCCCACUUUAGCAGCGAAAUUACGAUUCAGAACACAACCUUUGGUGGCAUACAAGGUUUCACGCGGAAGCCGUUGACGCCGUUCACCGACGAUUCCGGUAACUUCAUUGGGAUUGUGCAUCAAGAACGGAAUUGGACGUACGUUCUGGUUGACAAAGCUGGGCACGAGGUGCCCGAAUUUCAACCCGAAGCUGCCUUCAUUCUCUUACGCGAGUUCAUCAUAGGUAACAACUCAACAGGGCUCGUUACGAACUCGUCGGGUGGAGUAUUUGUCGUCGGAGGCGAGGGUGCGUCGUCACUAGUUGUCGGUGACAUUCUUCCAGGGGUGUCGGGAAUAUUGUACGGAUCGGGGACCGCGACGUCCGUGUACGUGGCGCCGUCUGCCACCAUCGCGUCGUGGGAGGCGUUCUUCGCGUCGGCGCAGGCUGCCGCCGGCAGUGCGGCUGGCGGCGCCGCGGAUCCGAGACGUACUUCGGCUGCCUUGAGCGUGCGUCAGUGGGGAGGUGGAGAUGCAUCGCGUCUCUCGUUCCUCGCAUUAAGUGUUUCCGUGGCGUUUGUUGGAUAUCGCUUGUUCUAA